GAUUCCGAAAUCCUCCGCUGAUUUUAUUCGAUUUUCUCCCAGCAUUCCUGCCUCACAUAUGGACUGCUACAUUUGUAACUUUGGAUAAUUUCCUAAUCGUUCUUUUUAACUUAAUACCGCGCGUAUGCAUAGUGUUUAGUGAGUGUAAUAAUUACUGAUAGGGGGGUGAGUGAUAUGAUCACCAAUCUGGUGAUGACCCGGCUGCGGCACUUGUUGGUGACCGUGGCGGCCCUGCUCAAGCGGAUCCUGUGUUGCUGUUCCCGCCGAAGGAAAGCCUCUACCAGUGAGAGUGGCGGCGGUGGCGAUGCGAUGCUCAGUUCCGUUGACGUGGUCCGUGAUUCGGCGGCGUCUAGAUAUAAGAACGUUGUUGAAAAAGACUGGAAUUCGUGGGACGAUUCACCGUCGACGGUCGAGGAGCAUAUCGAGCGCUACCGGGAGCAGCUGGUUGCUCCCCCUCCGCCCAAGGAGCCCCCUCCGGAGGAGCAGAUGGAUUUCUUCCAGGACAUGGCACCGAAGACAUUCUCCCAGCAGAUGGUUUGCAUUGCGGAGGACGGGCCGGGGGAUGGCGGAGCGCAAUUCAGUCGCCUAACGGCCCAGAUCGACAUUCCAGUGGAGGACGGUUUGACCGAUUGGAACGAUGAUGGACCGCGGGCGGGAUGGGACGAUGCCGAUGAGAACACCACCAAACAGUUGAUUAGAGAAACACGGAAAGAGCUCCGACAGCAGCGGCAGCAGCAGCACCACCAAAGCCGUGGGUAUUACAACAAAUGAAACCGAAUGCGUUUCAUGCUU